CUUAAGAACAAAGUAGAUGCUUUAGAACAGUCGUUACACUAGAGAGUCAGAGUUUACGAGGAAACCUGAAGGCGCCAUAGUUCCACCUCUGCUGGGCUGGCAGAAGGCUAAUUCUACAGCAGCAUACCGACGCACAGAUACUGUAUUUACCUCACAGUCUGUCCAAGUCAGUCUGUCAGGAGGGGAGAAGCAAAAGAUAUUCGACUUCCUCUUUUAAGAUCAUCCAUUACAGGCUGCUGAACAUGAAAGAUCCAGUUAUGUAAGCUGCUCUGAUGUGUGGACUUGAAAAUCCAUACAGCACCUGGUUAAGACAGCUUUCAAGCUUGUGUGGAGGACCAUACUAUUAGUGCGACGUAACCAUCCAACACCUCUGCUGCUGAUUUGUCUGGACAGGCAUAUGUUGGCCUGCAUCAUAGCAUAACUCCCCAGAGCAGCCUCCUCCUCCCCUCCCCGACCUCAGCUCUCCCCUGUAGGACUACUAUGCCUCUGGGCUUGGGAAGAAGGAAGAAGGCGUCCCCGUUAGUUGAGAACGAGGAAGCGGAGCCUAUCCGCGCAGGUCUCAAUGUGGCAGGUAUGGACGGCCUAGAUGGAGGUGUUGUCGGGCUGGGAGAAGGUGCCGCCUCUGAAGGUCUGCCUCCUCCACCCAGCAGCAUGAGGCCUCGCCUCAUCUUCCACACUCAGCUCGCCCAUGGCAGCCCCACAGGUCGCAUCGAGGGCUUCAGUAACGUGCGGGAGCUCUAUGCUAAGAUUGGUGAGGCCUUUGGGAUACCUGCGUCUGAGGUUAUGUUCUGCACUCUGAACACUCACAAGGUGGACAUGGAUAAACUACUGGGAGGUCAGAUUGGGCUGGAGGACUUUAUUUUUGCCCACAUAAAAGGACAGAAAAAGGAAAUUGAGGUCUACAAAGGAGAGGAUGCACUAGGGUUGACGAUCACUGAUAAUGGAGCUGGCUAUGCUUUCAUCAAGAGAAUCCGCGAGGGGAGCGUCAUCCACCAGAUCCAGGUCAUCAACGUGGGCGACAUGAUCGAAUCGAUCAACGGCCACCGCCUGAUUGGUUGUCGACACUAUGAGGUGGCCAAGAUGCUGAAGGAGCUGCCCAAAGGGAAGGAGUUCACCAUCAAGCUGGUGGAGCCUCUCAAAGCCUUUGACAUGAUCAGUCAGCGGUCUGGAGGGUCCAGGUCAGCAUCGGGGGUUCAGCUGGGGACUGGCAGAGGAACCCUGCGGCUGCGCUCUAAAGGUCCUGCUACUGUGGAGGAACUGCCCUCUGCAUUUGAGGAGAAGGCCAUUGAGAAGGUGGAUGACCUGCUUGAGAGCUACAUGGGAAUCAGAGACAGCGAGCUGGCGGCCACCAUGGUGGAGCUGGGAAAGGACAAAAAGAACCCUGAUGAGUUUGCAGAGGCUCUAGACGAAACCCUGGGAGACUUUGCCUUCCCGGAUGAAUUUGUUUUCGACGUCUGGGGUGCCAUUGGCGAUGCCAAGGUCGGCCGGGUGUAACCGCGGGCGCUAACGGAGCAGAACAACCUGUGUUUUUGCGUGACAUCCUCGACAUUCAGCACUACUAGGAAACACUACUGUCAUGAGUUUGUUUUUAUUCCAGUGUUAUACUCCUCUACUAUUUUUGAUUUAGAGUGUACCCUAUUGGGAGACACUGCCUAGACAACGAGUCGAAUGCCAGUUAAUGGGAGAAGAAGACUGUGAUGACUUCCCAAGUGCUUUUAUUUGUCUUCCGGCUUUCUCAAGAAACCAAGCGUGCUGAUGAGCAUUCCCUCGUGACCGCCUCACGUGACCCUGCAUGUCAUUGUUGAAGUCGCUGGCAGCGGAACAAGCACAGCACAUUUUUCUAAUAUGGGAGAAAUGACAGACAGUGGAUAACACUAAGUACAUAUUUGAUACUUAGCAAAAACAAAAUGUGAUUUUUUUUUUUUUUGUUAAAUUUUCAUUGCACUGUGUUGCACUGCGCUGUAAGCCAACCACAGAAGUGAACUGAGAUCGCACUGUACCUCACCUGGUGAGCAGCACAGUUACUGCACAGUACAAGGCGUCGGCCUCUCUGAAUUACAGUGUCGUCUUGAACCACUCGAUGUUACUGUUGUGGAUCAGUUUUACAAGCAUGUGCUGACGUUUUUUAUCUACAUAAUGAAUUCUGCUGGUUUUAUGUUCUUUUAUUUUGGUAAAAGAAAAAAAAAUGCAAAAGGGUCAUAGUGAAGUGUAGCUCGCUGGCUGGAAAGACCAGCGGUGUUUGUUGACCGUUAACACACUCCAUGCUGUAGUGAAGUGAACUGCAGCUCAUUCCUUUCUUUGUUUCACACAUUUACAAAAACAAAAGGUCAGUGUUAAUUUACCUUUCAUUGGAGGUCCGUGAUAGCAGAUUGGUUUCCAGGUUUGUGGAUUGUGUGGGCUUAUUAUUAUUUUUUUUUAUAGAUGGUGUUUUUAUAUGAAGUGAUUGUGACAGUUGAAGGAUUCGGUCCGUUGUGGCAACUUCAUUGUUUUGAAGCGUUACUGAAGGCAGUAUUUAAAAAAGAAGAGGACAGCAUGAGAAAGAGGAGUUAAAAGUUUUUUAAAAAGGAAACCAUUAAGAACAAAAUGCCUUCUUCUCAUUACAUGCAUUUUUUUUUAAACUUCUUUUUUGUUAGAAGGUGCAUGGUGCUGAAAAAUCAAGUAUCCUGUGUUGCGGUAGAAUGAUACCAAACUACUUCUGUCAUUCAUAUGUCCUGGUGACUCGUGUUGUUUAUGUGGAGGAAAAUCAAGCAAUGCUGCACCGACUACUCAGCGUAGGAAAACACUUCUUAAAAAAAAACAAAACUUUUUGGUGUUAACCUUUUCAGUAUAUCCACACGUAUGAAGCUAUUUUGUAGUUUUGUUUCACGCUUCAGAGUUAAUGAAUAUCUAAAUGGGUUAUGUAAUGAAACUGAUGCUAGAACACUGUAACACUGAGAAGAAAACACUAUUUUGAUGGCUUUGUAUUACACUGUUGUCAAUGUCCAAUUAUAAUGCAAUAAUUAUCAACAUGGCAGUGUU